GCAAGCUUAAUGCUAACUCCUCUGUGCACUGCGUGGGGAUCUCAAAGACGUCUGCAAGAAGUUUAUACAAAGGGGAAUCUAAGAACCCGGUCAGUGAAACUGCUCUGAUAAUGGGUGAAGUAUAUAAAAUCUCUUCAAGUGAUAAAAUCCAGUUUUUGGAGAAGGAGUUAGCUUCUCAGUUAUCAAAACUGAAGACAGAAAUAGAAGAGAAUGGAGUACUCCAUGGCACCCCCUCUCGAGCCUACAGCUCUGUGCCAAUCUCAAAGGACAUUUUGUACUACAGGAAUGAGAGAGAAAUGAUCUUGAAAAGAGGCCUUCAGGUGGCGGGAGCAGUACCAAUUACUAUUCAGGCUGACGUCAUGCAGCGAGAGCUGGAGACCUGUCUGAGAAGAGAAUACACUGUGGAUAAUCUGCCUCUGCUGCUACAUCAGUUUUUUACUGACAGAAUUCACCAGUUAGUCCGAAGUAAAUACUUGCACAUGCUGAGGUGGAAGAGGUUCUGUCGUCAUGUUAGUGUCAUGGAGCAGUGUUAUCCUCAGUACAAGGAGCAAGUUGGAUACAUCAUGCAAGAAUAUGCUGAUUCUGUGCAGAGAGCCCAGAGACUUUCAAUAGCGAGAGAACGCUUACUGACUGGACAGAAGAAUUCUAUUAAUUUAAUUACUCUGGAGGAUCUUAUCAUCUAUAUGCAGUGGUUAAUUUGUCACCUGCAUUCAGUGAGGCCGAUAUACAACUAUAUAAAGAUCUUGCAGUAUUUGCCUAUUUCUGAUCAUGCUGUGGAAGUUAUUGAAUCACAAUUAAAAGACAGUGAAAAUCACCAGUCCACUGAUGUUGAAUCCACUUUUACAAGCUUUCAAAGCCAUUUUGAAGAGGCUGUUUUAUAUCCACGGGAAGAUGAAGAAUUACCUGAACACCAGACAGAAACAGAGCAGAUAAAACCAAUUCUUCGUCAGUUAUUAUCGAUUUAUAAGAUAGAAUAUGAUACAGAGAAGCUUAAGAAUACAGCCAGUGAGAUGGAGCUGCUAACGCUGGUGUCUUCUAAGUUCCGAAGUACUUUUGGCAAGCAAGAGACCAUGAAAACAUUUCCAAUGUAUAAUUCUGGAACGGAAACAAGUGAUGGAUGGGGAUUUAGAGGUCCACAUAUGGCUUUUAAGAAAAUAUCUAACUGGCUUCAAUUUGUAAAGAUCAAACCUAAGCGUGAUCCAUGGCAGCAAAAAUUUUUAGGGAAAUUAAACCAGCACAAAAAAGUAGAUGAGUUGCUGCGCCAGUCACAGUUUACAGAGGUUACAAAUGUAGAGACAGCGAUGGAGGUUCUUCAGGAGUACGCUGCACGGGUAUUACAGCCAAAGAAUAAUCAUGAGUUAGCGGUAAAGAAAUACAGUCGACCAGAUCUCCCUUGGGAUCAAAAUGGUGGAUUAUCCCUACAGCAAACUAAUGAUAAGACUACAGACCUUGCAGGUCUUAGUAAGCGCCCUGUGUCUUCCAGGCCAAAGAAGGAUACGGGGUACAGUUACCAGAACACCCUACAAUUACUGGGAUUAGAUGAGGCAGAAGAUAACAGCAGAGAUCCAGUACUGAUGAAAGGAGCCUACUUAUCUCUUCUCUAUCUGCGUCAUCUGAGACUGAGGGAUCUUCAGCGCAUUUGUCUUGGAACCCUAAACUAUUUCCGAUCUAUUGAGAGGACUCUAACAAUCGACAGUUGCUGUCUCUCAAAUGCUUCUGGUAAUCUGGCAUGCAGUGCAGGUGACCAGACUGGCUGGAUAAAUGCUACUCAAGGUGGAUCUGGUAUGACAGGAGGACUUGGAUCUCAUCAGUAUAUGUACCAAACACCAGCAGACCUACAGGUUCAUAGCGUACAGUUCAUGGAGUUUUCAGAGAUUGAGAAUCACAAUGACUUCUACACAGUUGAAGAAGGCAUAGUUCACACUCAGGAUCAGAGAGGAGCCUAUGUGAUGUAUGAUGCGGCACUUGAAGAUCUAGAGAAAUUACGAGAUCAGUUGUUGUUGUUAACAACCCUUUAUAUUGAAAAAGAUCGAAGUUUCAAAUUAAGUAAAAACGAUGUGACUGAUACUAAUUUCUCAGACUGGGCACACAUUAAUGUGGACCGUUUCGCAUUGCUGCUUGACCUGUGGACCUGGGAAUGUUCUCUGUUAGAAAACAAACAGCAGCUUGUUGACAGCUACUAUGAAGCCUACCAGCACACUCUUGAUCCAGAAGAGAGAUUUGCUUUGGCACAAGUGAUAACUGACAUCAUGUUUAGGCGCCCACGGUUUGACAUUGGCUCCAGAUACUUCUUGGAAGCUUAUAAGGAUGAAUGUCAAUGUCUGAGGCUUCAUUUGCAGCUUGUCAAAGAUGUUUUAAAAAGCCAGAUAGAAAAUCAAAGGGAGUUUGUCCAGAAGGUUUGGCGGGAUGGUCGAAAAGGGGGCAUUUAUGACUUUGGUCUUCCACUUAAUAUUGUAAAGAAGCCUCUUGUCUCGCUUAACACCAGCUGCCCUGAUUUAAGAAAUGUCUACCUCUUAGAAUUCCAUCCAUCACUAGGAGUAACAUACCUAAUAUCUUAUACCCUGGAGCACAUUUGUAAAGAGUUUCAGCAUAUCUGCAACACAAAGACACCAAGACAGUCUUACCUUGUAGAGAAAAGGGUCCUUCAGCUUGCACUUUCUGAAUGGUCAGCUCCAAGAGACUUUCUGCAAUCCUUUACAGCAAAUCUGCACAAAGAUCUAUUUGAAGAGGUGUUGAUAGAAGAUCCCAUUUUGGUUAGAGAGAUCUGCAUGUCAGCACUGAACUCAGCUGAUGAAGAUAAAAAGCAUGGCAGAGGAAAGCAAAUCCAUAUCUUGGACACACUCAGCAAGAUGCUAGAGCUCAUCACUCUGCGUUACAGAAUAAUUGAGGCAUCAUUAGAAACGGCACUUCUCUCCAGGACAUAUUUAAAGUUUGCUGAAGAGAUGGGAUUUAAUCAGUUUCAUCUGUACUUAAGACCAGUCCAGUUUGAAUUUGCAUCACACAAGGAUCAAGGGGAGCAAAAGCCCCCUAUGUUCAUCACGUCUCUCAUUGAAGAUGACAGCUGUGUGGACAGAUAUUCACCAUCAUCACAACUCCUUGCUAUUCAUGAGGUUGAUGAUAAUCAGAUUGGGAAAUUCAGUUUUUUUACAAGAGAAGGUAUAAUGCAGUUACUGAAUAAACGUGGAGCAGAAAAUCUGCAGGUGGUGCUUGCCUGUCAAGUAAUCCAGAAGAAUGCCCUCCUAGCUGCCAACCAGCUGGCUUCAUUUUGUUAUAUGUCAUCCUGGAGCUCCCUGGAUAUGAAGAAAACAAAAUAA